AUGAAGCAAAAUAUUGGACGGGGCGAAUUUUCUCAGUUCCCCAAUUUGUCACAGACAAGCUGCCAGGAAGACGACGUUUCAACUUACGUUCAACAUUUAAAUGCCCUCUAUUCAGAUUUUGAAUCUAGGUUUGAGGAUAUUUUGACUAUGGUAAUACCACCGUGGAUAAUUAAUCCAUAUGGUGACAUAAAAGAAACGAAUGUCAUAAUACAAGAGGAACUGACUGAACUAAGUACAAACGAAGAACUUAAGGCUCAGUUUAAAAACGGAUAUCAGCAAUUCUGGCUGCAAAACAACAUACCCGCUACUUAUCCCGUAUUAUGGAAUAUAGCGAGGAAAUAUUUAAUUUCCUUUCCAUCGUCAUACCUAGUGGAAAGGGGGUUCAGCGCUGUUACCAAUCUCCUAACGAAAAAAAGAACCGACUGGACAUCAUUAGCCGAGGAGAUUUAA